GAUAAAAAAAAUCUAUUGAGAAGUAACUAUCAUAAACAUGUAACAAAUAAGUCAUCAUUAACAGGAUAAUAAAAUAUGAGCUUUUAAUAAUAUGAGCUUGUUGAAUAUUAAUAUUAAAUUUAUUAACUAAACUCAUCUUACUACUAGUCAGAUGAUCAUUGAAUAUUUCAUAUUUUGAAUAUCAGUAUUUUAUACUACUCGAAUAUGAAUAGCACCCAAGACAACAAAACGCUUGAAACUAACAAGAGUACGUCCCAAUUAACACUUAUAUGCCGCAUAUGUACGCUACAAUGUGAAAAUAUGAAAAAUCUUUUUGAAGAUGCAAACAAAGACAUAUUGAAAAUAUUAAUGUCUUUUACAAAUACAAAGUACAGAGAAGAUGAUGAUCUACCUCAACAAAUUUGUUUAAAAUGUAUAAGAGAAUUAAAGCGUUUGAACACAUUUAGAUUGAAAAUUCAUAACUCUGAAAGAAAGCUAAGAAAGUAUUUUUCUAAAACUGAAUAUACGAAAGGUAAUCUUGAAAACCAGGAACUCACUGCAAAGCCAUAUUUAUGUACUAUUUGUGGUUUACAAAUUGCUCAUUCAAGUUCUUAUACUGCACAUAAAAGAAUGCAUACAGGUGAGAAGCCAUUUGAAUGCUCGAAUUGUUUGAAAAAAUUUGUCUCCAGCAGUGCUAGAGCACUCCAUAUAAAGAAAAGAACUUGCUUCAAUACUGAUAAUAUUGAUAAUACUGAUAAAACACUGUAUUUGUGUUACACUUGUGGAAAAUCUCUUUCGAGUUCUGACUCUCUUGAUAGCCACAUGAAAUUACAUAGGGGAGACGCUAAACAUACUUGUCCAAUAUGUGAUAGAAGUUUUUCUCGCUGGGAUCAUUUGCAAUCGCAUUCAAGAACUCAUUCUGGCGAAAGGCCUUAUAAAUGUUCAUUUUGUGAUAAAGCUUUUGCUCAAUAUAGUACUUUACAAACCCAUCUCACAAUACACAAUGGAAAAUCAUAUACUUGUGACACAUGUGGCAAAAAUUUUCCUAGACCUUCUCAUUUAAAACAACAUCUAAUUACUCAUUCAGAGCAAAAACAUUUACAAUGUUCAUAUUGUGAUAAAAAAUUUCACUUUAAGAGAAGUUUAGUUUCUCAUGAAAAAAUACACCAAGGUAUAAAACCAUUUAAAUGUCAAUCAUGUGGCUCAAGUUUUACUCUUAAACAAUCUCUAAUUAGUCAUAUGGUAAUACAUACUGGAGAACGGCCGUAUUUAUGCAAUAUAUGUGGUCGUUCUUAUACACAGUCUGGAAGGCUUAAGAUGCACAUGAAGAGUGCUCAUGAAAGUGAAGAAGAGAUCAGGACAGACACAGAUGAAGGACCAAAAUUCAUAAUCAAAGAUGCAGAGAUUUUUGAAGAACCUAUUAUUGAUAACAACUUGCUGGAUCCAAAUACUUAUGAGAUUAUUAUUAAUAAUAAUGAAAAUUAUUUAGCUGCACCGCUCAUGGUCUUGACUUCAAAUAUGACAGAAGAAAUUUUAGGAGAGCAUGUUCAAUAUUGUUAA